AUGGUUUUGAUAUUCUAUACUUUCGAAGUUUUGCUUGUUGUAAGUAAGGCUUGCGUUCUUCUGGUGAAAGUUGGUGGACUUGACUUAAAUGAUUUGAUAAUUUUACUAAUGCAAUCGCUCCGCAGCCAGAUAACAAAUGCAAAUGAUGAGACUACCGAGUACCAGGCAUGCCAAAUGUAUGAUGCAGAAAACCAACCGAACUCCUGGUUAAUAACUGAUGCCAUCAAAAUUGACAAGGUUCGCAGAAUCGACGUUACCGUUGAAUUCUCCAUCUGGAACUGUUCUGGUAAGGAGAUGAGAGACGUUAAAUAUUGCAAGGAGAGUUUUGAUAUAUAUGUACAUUUAGCAUCAGAGAUGUACAAUACUGGCAAGAUCCCAAAUCCUUACUUAAACCAUAGUGCAUAUGAUCUAAAAUCGGCUGUCAGUCCAAAAUAUAUGGUCAUGGGAUUUACAUAUGAGGACAUAAAGAAUAUUCGAAGUUCGACAAACAGAGAGACAUAUCGAAUUGAUUUAAGGCAGGGGUAUCCGUACGUUUACAUUGCGUUUCGUUAUACUGGUGGAUGUAUCAGUGUGUGCCGUGUGAGUGCUCAAUAUUAUCAAUGCCCUGCCAAGACUCUUUCAGAAAGUCUUAUUCGAGUGCCAAUGACGAAGGCCCCCCCGAAUGGGUCAGAGAGAGUCAGAGGUCAGUGCUUUCCUUACGCGCAGCCUGAGAGUAAUGGAAACGAACCGUUUUGGCUUUGCGAAGCUGAGGGAAAAUGGAGUGAGAACUCUAAUAUAGGAAUGUGUAUUUGUAAAGCUGGUUAUGACAAAGUAAACACAAGCAAGAGAGAAGCUGAGUGUCAAGGAACAAAAUUAGUUAAAGAAAGAAGGGCGCCACAUUUGCUUAUAACAAAUGCAAAUGGUGAGACUACCGAGUACCUGGCAUGCGCAAUGUAUACAGAAAACCAACCGAACUCCUGGUUAAUAACUGAUGCCAUCAAAAUUAAAAAGGUUCGCAGAAUCGACGUUACAGUUGAAUUCGCCAUCUGGAGCUGUUCUGGUAAGGAGAUGAGAGACGUUAAAUAUUGCAAGGAGAGUUUUGAUAUAUAUGUACAUUUAGCAUCAGAGAUGUACACUACUGGCAAGAUCCCAAAUCCUUACUUAAACCAUGGUGCAUAUGAUCUAAAAUCGGCUGUCAGUCCAAAAUAUAUGGUCAUGGGAUUUGCAUAUGAGGACAUGAGAAAUAUUCGAAGUUUGACAAACGUAGAGACAUAUCCAAUUGAUUUAAGGCAGGAGUAUCCGUACGUUUACAUUGCAUUUCGUUAUACUGGCGGAUGUAUCAGUAUGUCCCGUGUGAUUGCUCACUAUUAUCAAUGCCCUGCCAAGACUCUUUCAGAAAGUCUUAUUCGAGUGCCAAUGACGAUGUCACCCCCGUGUGGGUCACAGGGAGUCAGAGGCCAGUGCUUUCCUUACGCGCAGCCUGAGAGUUAUGGAAACGAACCGUUUUGGUUUUGCGAAGCUGAGGGAAAAUGGAGUAACAACUCUAAAGGAAUGUGUAUUUGUAAAGCUGGUUAUGACAAAGUAAACACAAGCAAGAGAGAAGCUGAGUGUCAAGCUCGCCACACAGAGCCGCCCGACGUCAAGGAUGAGAUGGGCUCAAAUUCCAACACAAUUAUUCUUGCUAGUGGGAUUGGAGGCGCAUUAGGCUUUGUACUCUUAAUUGCUGUGUUGGCAUGCCUCUUUCAGAAUCGUCGACAGAAAAGAUUACUUUUGAAAUACCAGGAGAUGAAAUAUCUUAGAAAUGGAGAAGAUUACAUGCUCGACCCAAACCGAACUAUCCUUGAGCAAUGUGAAGAAUUGCCCUACGAUGCUGACUGGGAGUUUCCUGUCAAGAGACUAAUUCUCCAGGAGAUCAUUGGUUCUGGAGCGUUUGGUCAAGUCAAGAAAGCCGAAGCAAUAGGGAUUUUGUCGUUCAGUGUUAAUGGCAAGAAGUCGGCUGCCUUUAAAAGACGGUCAAAACUACUUAAGAGAUUACAGUAUAGUCCCAAUUUUGAAGAAAAAGACUGUGCUAGAACGAUUGUCGCUGUAAAAAUGCUUAAAGUAGAGGCAAGCGAGAGUGAUUAUAAAGACCUCGCAACAGAGCUGAAAAUUAUGAUACACAUCGGAGAGCACAAUAACAUCAUCAACCUUCUUGGCGCAUGUACUCGAGCCAAGCAGCUCAUGGUCAUCAUGGAGUAUGCGCCUCAUGGAAACUUGUUGAAAUUUUUGCGCAGUCGACGUGAUAUCUACGAACCCACGUGGAGUAAGACUUCUAAUAACCCGGAUGCUGAAUUCACGUUAGCAGAUUUAGUCUUGUACUCUUAUCAGAUCGCUCGUGGAAUGGAUUUCUUGUCAUCAAAAAAGUGCGUCCAUCGUGACUUGGCUGCGAGAAACAUCCUUAUUGGUGACGAAUACGUCCUCAAGAUUGCUGAUUUUGGUCUAUCACGUGAUAUUUACAAAUCAGAACUGUAUGUUACAAAGGCGAAAGGCUUAUUGCCUCUAAAAUGGAUGGCUCCUGAAUCACUCGCUGAUAGAAUCUUUACUGAAAAGACAGACGUCUGGUCAUUUGGUGUUGUGUUAUGGGAGACCCAGACGCUCGGAGGCACACCCUACCCUGAUAUCUCAGUGACGGAGUUAAUGGACUUCCUUUCUGAAGGCAAUCGAAUGAGACAGCCAAAGGAUUGUCCACCUGAAAUAUAUGCUAUCAUGAGAGAUUGUUGGCUACAAGAACAAAGUGAAAGACCGACAUUUUCACAACUAGUGCGGAGAAUAGAAGGAGUCAUCGAGAAAAAAGUUUCCGAGCAUGAAGCAUAUGAUGCUUACAUCAGUAUUUUCAUUGACGAUGAYUUGGAGUCCAGUGUAGCUCUUAAGGAGUCAUCAUCUCUGGCGAAUUGCAGGAAAGAUGGACCGCAACUUGAAAACAUUUACAAUCCAGUGACUCAAAAUGACGAUGAUAAAGAGAGAAAKGAGAAGCAAGAGAGGGGUGAAUGCUCCACAGCACUUGAAGUACACAUUGACAUGGACGAUCAAACAAAAGUUGUGGAAAAAGGCGAAACGAGAAAAACCCUGUUGUAAAUUAAAAGGUUGAUGCAUUGCCAGGUCGUUAACGUAGAAGACUGACCGUUGAGAGUAGAAAAUAKAUAUUUUAUGGUAAAGUGUGUUUUUCUCGUAACGCUUUAUCAUAAAUUAGCCCUACUGGGCAAAAUUCCAUAUAUGGCUUACUUUUGAAAMAAAWWWUUUUUUCCAUUUUGAUAGCUCAAGUAGUUAUUAAUAAAAUCGACCAAAUUAAUAAUGCAGUUAAAAGGUCGAAAAGGAAGAUAUAUCUAAAAAGCUUAAGGCUUUAYUCCAUUACCACUAGAAAUUAAUCGGUAAUAUUAGAGAAUGUUAUAUUCUURUCAACAUUUAGUGGACUUAACUAAGACUUCUAAGACGUUACUUGUGCAUGGAGUGUUAUCGUGAAACUUUUUGUUGUCGUUGAAAAGUUUGUCUUCCUAUCAAUAGUUGUAAAGUAGUAUCAUAGRGUUCUUAUGAUUUGAUUUAAAAGUUAUUUUCACGUUUACUGUCAAUUUAAAAAAUAGUCGAAAUUUCACUAAUCAGGUGUUAAGGAGCCAAAAUUUCAAUAUAUAUAUUCAAUAUAUAUUCAAUUAGAUAAUAUAUCACGUUGUUCCUAUAGAUUAUUUUAUUCCAGAACAGAAUCAUAGGGA